AAUCAACCCUGUAGACUCCAUCUUUAGUCCAAAAGAUGAAGAUAGCAGUUGAAGGAUGUAUGCAUGGAGAUCUUGACAAGGUCUACGAAACCAUUAGAUACAUCGAAAACACUCGCAACAUCAAAAUCGACCUCCUCAUCUGUUGUGGUGACUUCCAGGCAAUCAGGAAUGAGAAAGAUAUGGAGAGCCUUAAUGUGCCCCCAAAGUACAAGGAGAUGAAGUCAUUCUGGAAAUACUAUUCGGGACAGGAGGUUGCCCCGGUUCCCACCAUAUUUAUUGGUGGAAAUCAUGAAGCUUCCAAUUAUUUAUGGGAAUUGUAUUAUGGGGGAUGGGCAGCACCUAAUAUAUACUUCUUGGGAUUUGCUGGUGUUGUGAAGUUUGGCAAUAUCCGAAUUGGUGGACUUUCUGGAAUUUACAAUGCGCGUCACUACCAUUUAGGACACCAUGAAAGGCCACCUUAUAAUGAUAAUACUAUCAGGUCUGUGUACCAUGUUCGUGAGUAUGAUGUUCACAAACUCAUGCAGGUGGAGGAACCAAUUGAUAUUUUUCUUUCACAUGAUUGGCCACUUGGAAUCACUGAUUAUGGGAACUGGAAACAGCUUGUUCGCUACAAGAAACAUUUCGAGGAUGAGAUCCAGCAGGGAACUCUUGGAAGCAAGCCUGCUGCUCAACUGCUUGAAAAACUCAAACCAUCUUAUUGGUUUUCAGCUCACUUGCACUGCAAAUUCACUGCUCUUGUUCAGCAUGAAGAGGGUGGUCAAGUGACAAAAUUUCUUGCACUUGAUAAAUGCCUUCCUGGGCGCAAGUUCUUGCAGAUUGUUGAUAUUGAAUCUGAUCCAGGACCUUAUGAGGUUCAAUAUGAUGAAGAAUGGCUGGCAAUAACACGAAAAUUCAACUGUGUCUUCCCUUUGACCACUCGACUUGGAGACUUUAGGUGUGUAUAUAUGACUGUUUGUAAUUCCUAUUACUCUAGAAGAAUUAGUGAGCCAACAACUGAUGUUCUAACGUGCAGGAGUACACAGCUUGAUAUGCAAGAUUGUCGUAAUUGGGUUAAGAGCAGACUGGAAAACAGAGGAGCGAAACCUUGUGAAUUUUCUCAAACUGUUCCACCUUACAACCCCUCCCAUUCAGUUUCAAACACUAAUUUUUCUGGUUCUCCCCGUAAUCCUCAGACUCUAUCUUUCUUGGAAUUGCUAGAUCUUCCUUAUGUUCUUGAUAAUGUAUCAGGAUCCAGGGAUAGUCCUGCUCCUGCAUCAUUGACUCAAAGGGAUGAUUACAGUGAAGACAUUCCCAUUGAAGAUGAGGAUGAACUAGAAGAUGAUAGUGCAGAACCCGACAAUGAAAACCAGUAAUGAUGAAGUGAAGAAUGUUUUCCAUGGAUGAACAGAUUUACUAGUGAGGUGAUCAAUGGAAAACUACUUAUUGGUUGGGCAGUUCUUGUUGCUACUCAAUGAGGCCUUGUUCAUGUGUGAAGUUGGCGACGUAGUUCUUGAUGGAUGGCCCUCAGUUUUCCAACUUUCAUCAGCAAAGAUAAAAACUUGCACUUUUCAGAGUCUUUAUGCAUCAAAUUAACAAAAGUCGGUUUAAGUUCAUGUGUUUAUUAAUUAGCUGUAUUUUUCUUAUGU